CCCGUGAGGCCUGACACAUGCGCCCAGAGGCUUCUGGUGGAAGGAGGUGUGGAUUGUGAGGUGACCCUGGCCGCUGACUUCCGGUUCCUAGGGAUGCGCAUCCGGGUCACGCUAACGCCGCGGUUUCCUCCAUCCGCUGGGUUCUGCUGUGGGUCUGGACCAGUACCCAUGUCCUGCUCUGGGGCCUCUGCAACCUUAGGACUGUGAAGACUGCUUGACAGACACUUGCAAUCCAGUCACAUAAGUGUAAGAAAGAAAUAUUGGUCCUCAUGGAAGAAGAGCAAGAUUUACCAGAACAACCAGUGAAAAAAGCCAAGAUGCAGGAAUCAGGAGAGCAAACUUUGAGUCAAGUGAGCAGCCCUGAAGUCAGUGAUCAGAAACCUGAAACUUCAAGCCUUGCUUCAAACCUUACCAUGUCAGAGGAAAUUAUGACAUGCACCGAUUACAUCCCUCGCUCAUCCAAUGAUUAUACCUCACAAAUGUAUUCUGCAAAACCUUAUGCACAUAUCCUCUCAGUUCCUGUUUCGGAAACUGCUUACCCUGGGCAGACUCAGUACCAGACACUACAGCAGUCUCAACCCUAUGCUGUCUACCCUCAGGCAACCCAAACGUAUGGACUACCUCCUUUUGGUGCAUUGUGGCCAGGUAUGAAACCUGAAAGUGGUUUAAUUCAGACUCCAUCUCCAAGUCAACACAGUGUUCUUACCUGCACUACAGGGUUAACCACAAGCCAGCCAAGCCCAGCACAUUAUUCUUAUCCCAUUCAAGCUUCAAGCACAAAUGCCAGCCUGAUAUCCACUUCAUCUACAAUGGCUAAUAUUCCAACAGCAGCAGUUUCCAGCAUCUCAAACCAGGACUAUCCUACCUAUACUAUCCUUGGUCAGAGUCAGUACCAGACGUGCUACCCCAGCUCCAGCUUUGGAGUCACAGGCCAGACUAACAGUGACGCUGAGAGUACCACAAUAGCGGCAGCCACAUACCAGACCGAGAAGCCUAGUGUCAUGGUACCUGCACCUACAGCACAGAGACUUCCUUCUGGAGACCCUUCGACAAGCCCGGCUUUGUCCCAGACUACACCAAAUAAAGACGCUGAUGAUCAGUCCAGAAAAAACAUGACUGGCAAGAACCGGGGCAAAAGGAAAGCUGAUGCCAGCUCUUCCCAGGACAGUGAAUUGGAACGGGUAUUUCUGUGGGACUUGGAUGAAACCAUCAUCAUAUUUCACUCUCUUCUUACUGGAUCCUAUGCCCAGAAGUAUGGAAAGGACCCAACAGUAGUGAUUGGCUCAGGUUUAACAAUGGAGGAAAUGAUUUUUGAAGUGGCUGAUACACAUCUAUUUUUCAAUGACUUAGAGGAGUGUGACCAGGUGCAUGUGGAAGAUGUGGCUUCUGAUGACAAUGGCCAAGACUUGAGCAACUACAGUUUCUCAACAGAUGGUUUCAGUGGAUCAGGAGGCGGUGGCAGCCAUGGUUCCUCUGUGGGUGUCCAAGGAGGUGUGGACUGGAUGAGGAAACUGGCUUUCCGCUACCGAAAAGUGAGAGAAAUCUACGAUAAGCAUAAAAGCAAUGUGGGUGGCCUGCUCAGUCCCCAGAGAAAGGAAGCACUGCAGAGACUGAGAGCAGAAAUUGAAGUUUUAACAGAUUCCUGGUUAGGAACUGCAUUAAAGUCCUUACUUCUCAUCCAGUCCAGAAAGAAUUGUGUGAAUGUUCUGAUCACUACAACCCAGCUGGUUCCAGCUCUGGCCAAAGUUCUCCUAUAUGGGCUAGGAGAAAUAUUUCCUAUUGAGAACAUCUAUAGUGCUACCAAAAUUGGUAAGGAGAGCUGCUUCGAGAGAAUCGUGUCUAGGUUUGGAAAGAAAGUCACGUAUGUAGUGAUUGGAGAUGGGCGAGACGAAGAAAUUGCAGCCAAACAGCACAACAUGCCUUUCUGGAGAAUCACAAACCAUGGAGACCUAGUGUCCCUCCACCAGGCUUUGGAGCUUGAUUUUCUCUAAGAACUGGAAUGAAGACCCUUCCCCAUGAGCUCCUUUUCACUCCUGAAGGGAGCUGGAGACUGAAACUGUCUGGGAACUCU